UUGGGACGUUAAACCCUCGGGGGAUCUCAUUGUUUUACCUUUAACACAACAGUGUACAAAGAAAUGAGACGAAGCUUGAGCAAGCUUUCUCACUGCUCCAUCGGCAGACCUCCCACUGCCCCAUCCGCUUCCAUUUCCUCCGCCUUUUCCACAUUCUCCGGCGGCGGCAGCGGUGGCGGUGGUGGUGGUAGAGGCAGGGGCAGAGGUUCCGAUUCCCCAAACUUCGGAUUCAGUCCGGGCAAACCCGAAUCCGAUGGAUCCAAACCCGAACCGUCCCCUCCUACGGCUACCCCAGUUGGAAUCGGACAUGGACGAGGCCGAGGUACACCAUUCCCGUCCUCCCCAAUUCUCCCGUCAUUUUCUUCCUUCGUGGAUAACUCUAACCCUAGUCCCCCUGCUGGACGUGGCCGAGGUGGGCCCGGCCAAUUUACCCCACUACAACCUCAGCCGCAACAGCAGCAUCAGCAGCCGCCGCCGCUGAAGAAACCUAUUUUCUUCGCUAAAGAAGAAGAAACAUCUGAUUCAAAUCCUAGCUCUUCUGAUGCUCCGAAACAAAGAGAAGAUAGUAAUCUUGCGUCUAGUUUAACAUCGAUUUUGUCCGGUGCGGGACGAGGGAAGCCCCUGCAAACAGCUUCUUCUCCUGUAUCCGAGAAGCCUAAGGAAGAGAAUCGCCAUCUCCGGGUUCGGCAGCAGAGAGCUGAUGCUGAUUCAGGGAAGAGGGAGAGCAGUCCACCUCCCCAGAGGUUGAGUAGGGAGGAUGCUGUAAAGAAGGCUGUAGGGAUAUUGUCGAGACACAAUGAUGGUGAUGGAGGCGGUGAUGGUGUUGGUGGGAGAGGGGUAGGAGGGUUUAGAGGGAGGGGUGGACGUGGUGCAAUGAGAGGCAGAGGGGGAAGGGGAAGGGGAAGAGGACGAGGCUAUGGUCGUCGUGACGAGAAUGAGGAUGAUAGUUUAGAGAGUGGGUUUUAUCUAGGUGAUAAUGCUGAUGGAGAGAAAUUGGCUAACAAGCUUGGGCCUGAAACUAUGAACACAUUGGCUGAAGCCUUUGAAGAAAUGAGUGCUAGAGUGUUGCCUUCUCCCAUGGAUGAUGCUUACGUGGAGGCCCUCCACACUAACAUGAUGAUAGAGUGUGAACCAGAGUACCUGAUGGGAGACUUUGAAAGCAAUCCUGAUAUUGAUGAGAAGCCUCCAAUUUCCCUUCGGGAUGCUCUUGAAAAGAUGAAGCCAUUCCUCAUGGCAUAUGAAGGGAUUAAGGAUCAAGAAGAGUGGGAGAAAGUCAUCGAAGAAACUAUGGAGACAGUCCCACUUAUGAAAGAGAUUGUUGAUUACUACAGUGGACCUGACAGAGUCACGGCAAAACAACAGCAACAAGAGCUGGAAAGAGUGGCAAAAACUCUUCCGCAAAGUGCACCUAAUUCAGUAAAGCGGUUCACGGAGCGUGCUGUUCUGUCUCUACAGAGCAACCCAGGGUGGGGAUUUGACAAGAAAUGCCAGUUCAUGGAUAAGGCUGUAUGGGAGGUUUCUCAGCAUUACAAGUAGAUCACUUCAUUCUCUAUAAUCAUUAACGCUGAAUUUGAGCAAGAGGUGCUUCAACAGCAGCAUUAUGAUCAGGGUGGUGUUUAGGAACUACUGCAGUACAAGUUUGUUUAUUAGAAAUGCUGAGCAUUUGGCUUCUGUUACGGACGUUUUUUAUUUUUUGAUUUGUGACAUAUAAUGGUAGUUUUGUUUUAAGGCUCUCCACUGGCAUUGAGACAUCUCAGUUUUCAAUAAUUUGAAGAUGAUUUCUGGUACCUUCUUAGAGCUCAGGAAUUUUUUCAGAUUUGCUUAAUACUAAUGUAAUGAAAUAGAUGGCCCACCUUCAGAUAUCUGUGUUGGCCGCAAGAUACUAGGAGCAUACUUCUGGAAAUAAUGAUUUUCAACCCUCGAUUUGGGGAGGUUAAAUUUCUUGCAAUUGUUCCUUUUGAAUCACAUGAUUAUUGUAUACCAAAUUUCUUGCGACAGUAAUCUUUUACGGGAAGCAGCUGAUCGCAACUCGACAUUGAGGAUUACUGUAAUGUUUGGUAUAAAUUUGUAAGAUUGGAUUUAUUA